AGACCUUGAGACUGGCUUUUCUUCCCGCUCCUUUGUGUAGCGCUCACCUAGGAGGUCAGGCAGUAACUAAUGCCAAAGAAACAUCAAAAUAGAAAGUGCUAGCGUGUGCGGUCAUGCAGCCUUUCAGGCUGCCUGAAGAUUAGGAAACUGUUCAAACAUCAGAUCGCCGGCAGGCGUCUCAGCCCGGGCCUGUGCAAGGAGCACGCUGGGAGCGCUUUGGUGUCCUAGCUGAGGGCGAGAUUAGGAACCAGGAAAGCCACCCGCGCGUGCGGCAGCGGGUGCAAGGUUGGCUGAAGGGCCCUUCCAGCUGCGAUCGCGUGUGCCCCCGUGGUGGGACCUGCGCACUAGGCCCUAGGUACCGGCAGGACACGUGCUCCGGAACCCCCGGGUCCUCUCGUGUCCAACCGCAACCACGAGAUCCUCUUCAGAGUUCUGGAGAGACGCUCGCGCCGGGAAGGGGCUUUACUAAUUGCAGGAAGUGAUCACGAGGAAGAAGUGGCAGAGAUCAAGAGGAGGAGGGAAGGGAGGAGGAGGAGGAGCAGCGCAGCAGCAGCAGGGCAGCCCGCAGAGCCCUAGAGUCGCGCAUUGCCACGCAGGAGAUUGGGUCCCGGCGAUCCUGCUGUUCUUUGGGGUCCCAGAGGCUGCCCAGCCCCGCUCGGACACUCGUCUGUCCCCUCCUGGUCUUCAUGGCUUCUCCGGAUGACCCUCUGCGCUCAGAUCACAUAAAGGAGCCAGUGGAGGACACAGACCCCAGCACUUUGUCCUUUGCUAUGUCAGACAAGUAUCCCAUUCAAGACACCGGCCUCCCUAAAGCCAAGGAGUGUGAUACAGUCAGUUCCAGCUGCCCACCAAAUUCUGAUGAUCAACAUCAGGGAGAAGAAAACGACUUUGUAGACAGCACUGGAGAUCCCCUUUCAGGUGUCAGUAAAAACCAGCCAUGUAAGGAAGGCUGCUCUUGCUCCUCCUGUUCACCCCGGGUCCCCACCAUCAGCGACUUGCUCAAUGAUCAGGACUUGCUAGAUGUGAUCAGGAUAAAGCUGGAUCCGUGUCACCCGACCGUGAAGAACUGGAGGAAUUUUGCCAGCAAAUGGGGCAUGCCCUAUGACGAACUGUGCUUCCUGGAACAGAGGCCUCAGAGCCCCACACUGGCGUUCUUAUUCCGAAACAGCCAGAGGACUGUGGUCCAACUGAUGGAGCUCUGCCGACUUUACCACAGGGUUGAUGUGGAGAAGAUCCUGCGCAGGUGGGUGGAUGAGGAGUGGCCCCACCGGGGACACUCGGACAGUUCCAUGCACUUCUAGAAUCACCUUCUGGCAUUGGCCUUUCUGCUUGCUGGACCAGCACUCGUCACGGGGGAUAUGUACCUGCUCUCGAGAUUUUCAGAUGAGGAUGUGGAAUGGGCAGUGGCUCUCCCUGAAGCUGGUGGCUUGUGGAAGGAUGGGUUCUGUUUCGGUGGCAGGUAUUUGUUUCUUUUUGCACAUCUGUUUUAAUUUAAUAUUGGAACCUGGAAUUGGGGAAGAAUAUUUUGUAGGUCGCGUAGAGCCAACGCCUAUGGUUGGGACAGAACCGUGCCAGCAUGAAAAGAAAAUGACCCUCUCCUUAGGUACUGCUAAAGAUUGCAGCGGGAUCCCAAACUGUUGAUGUCUCUGGACAUGUCCAUGUCAUCCUAUGCAGAACCCUUGCAUUCCCAGCCUCGAAGAAGAUGGCAUGGAGAAGUCACCCUGGCCUGUUCACUGUUACUAUUUCUGUCACAAAAGGUUUAGAAGAUCAAGAGGAUACUGUAUGAUGUGGCCCGGAUACAAGGGCCAUCUUUUUUAUUCAAACACUUCUGUAAUCUAUGGGCUAUUAGUACUGUCACUGGGUUUAGUAUUUUUAAAAGAAAUACAAAAUUUCUGGUUUGUAGAGCAGCAGAAUGGGUUGGUGUCAUGGGAAUGGCAUUGACAAAGAAUAGUACUUAAUAUUCCCUCUUGGGGGCUGGGGAGAUGCUCAGUGGUUAAAAUUCUCACUGCACAAGCAUGAGGACCAGGGUUCAGGCCCCGAGAACCCAUAGAAAUGAGGAGAUGUUGUGGCACCUGGGAUUUCAGUGCUCAGAAGGGAGAGACAGGGAUCCUCAGACGGAGCAAGCUGCCUAGCUAGGGCUAGUCAAAUGGGUAAGCUCUGGGAUCAACUGAGAGACUCUUUUUCCACACACAAUGUAGAGAUCAAGUGAAGAAAAACAUCAACAUCAGCUUUGGGACUCUGUAUGCACACAUGCACAUGUGUUACACAUGCAACAAACACAAAUCACACACGUGCAUGUGCAUCUGCAUAUACAUGCAACAACAACACACACACACACACACACAAAUCUUUCUAAAUGCCAUUUGGGGAGGCUGAGGACAUGGGUCAAUGAGUAAAGUGCUUGGCUUAUCAGUACGAGGACCUGAGUUCAGUCACCAGCACCGCCGUAAAAACCAGACAUGGCAGCAUGUGCCUGUAACCCCAGCACUAGAGAACCAGAUCCAGGAACUCACUGGACAGCCAACAUAGCCAGACUGGGAAAGCCACUGUCUCAAAAAGGAAGGUCAAUGUGAAGAGUGAUUGAGGAAGAUACCUAAGGUCAGCCUCUGACCUGUGCGCACACACGCACACACACACACACACACACACACACACACACACACACGCACACACACACACACACACACACACACACACACACACAUACACACACUUUUGUUAUCCAUUUAUCCAUGCCUCUUUUUUUGGUGCUAGGGAUGGAACUGAGGACCUUGAACAUGUUCAGCCUGCACUCUACCACUGAGCUACACCUGCACUCCUGUUAUUCAUGAUUUUUUUAUUCUUCUCUCAUACACUACACCCCAAUUGCAGUUACACCUACCUCCGCUCCUCCCAGUUCCUCUCCACGCAUAUCUCCUCUCCCCCUAGAUCCACUCCUCCUCCAUUUCCCUUCAAAAAAGAGCAGGCCUCCCAGGGAUAUCAACCAAACACGGCAUAACGAGAUACAAUAAGACUAGGCACAAACCCUCAUUAUCAAGGCUGGUUUUUAUUUUUAUGUGAGCUCACCAAAAUCCCAGUGCUGGAAAAGUAGAGACAAGCCGAUCCCUGGGGCUCACCUGCCAACCAGCCUUGCUUAUGUGGUGAACUACAAGCUGGUGAGAAAUCCUGUCGCAAAAAACAAGGUAAACAGUGUCCCAGGAGCAACAUCAGAGGUUGUCCUCUGGCUUCUACAUGCACAUGUACACACAAGCUCACAGACCCAUACACAUAUACCCUAAUUAAAACAAACAAAAAGGAAGGAUAGCAUUGACUGCAUAGGACAGAGAUACUAAGAUGAACUUAAAAGAAGGUGAUUUUUAAGCUACCAUUUUUUUUUCUCAUAGCAAUUACGUUUUUCCUCAGGUUGUUGGUAAGUAAAGUCAGCUUCUCACCCAGUGUGACCUCAAAGCAGCCCAUGAGGCUUGUCCAUCACUUCUGCUUCACUAGUAAUCACAUCCUACACCUUCCAUACUCAGAUUUAUCACAGUUAUGGCCACCUUAUUGCCCGAUGUAUUUAAAGUGACGGCUAGUGAUCAAAUGUGGACGUUGUGUUUUUCAGAUUUAUUUUAUUUUAUGAAUGUUUUUCUUGCAUGUUUGUCUGUGCACAGGCAUGCAUGGUGCCUGCCGAGGUCAGAAGAGGGUACCCUAGGUACCCUAGACCUGGAAUUACAGAAGCUUUUCAGCCUCCACGUGGGUGCUGGGAACUCAACUUCUGCAAGAGCCACUUUUAACUGUGAGCCCAUCUCCCCAACCCCUAAAGGCAGAUGUUUUAAAAAUAGCCUCUCGGGCCGGGCGUUGGUGGCGCACGCCUUUAAUCCCAGCACUCGGGAGGCAGAGCCAGGCGGAUCUCUGUGAGUUCGAGGCCAGCCUGGGCUACCAAGUGAGUUCCAGGAAAGGCGCAAAGCUACACAGAGAAACCCUGUCUCGAAAAACCAAAAAAAAAAAAAAAAAAAAA